AUGGCGGCCGGCAGCGAGCCGGGCGCGCCGCCCGCGCGGGCGUGCUCGGUGAAGGCGCCGGUGCUGGUGCCGAUCACGCGGCGCGCGGUGUGCCCCGAGGCGCGGCGGAAGAUGAUGGAGGCGAGCCAGCGGCGCUGUAUCAUGGGCAAGAACGGGCCGCUGCUGCUGGAGCUGCUGGGCAAGCGGCACGCUGCCGCGCGUGCGCUCGGCUUUGCCAGCCACGCCGAGCGGAUGCUUUCGACGAAGAUGGCAGAGACGCCGCAGCGGGCGCGGCACUUCUGCGAGGACAUGCUGGCGAGGCUCGCACCGCAGAGAGACGCGGAGCUGCGGAGGCUGGGCGCGCGGAAGGCCUGCGACGGGGCCGGGCGCCAGCGCGGCCAGAAGCGGGGCGCCGACGGGAGCGUCGUCCCGGAGGAGGACGGCUGCCCCGUCGAGCCCUGGGACGUGCCCUUCUACAUGGUUUCUUCUUCUGCUGGCGACUUGCUCAAGCGCGAGGAGCUCUGCUUCGACGACGAGAAGACCAAGGAGUUCUUCCCGCUGGUGGCCACGAUCGACAAGCUGCUCGCUGUGUACUCCGAGAUGCUCGGCUUCACCUUCUCGCGCAGCGCGACGCUGCCCACGUGGCACGAGGAGGUCGCCGCAUUCGAGGUGCGGCGGCGCGAGGGCGGAGAGCUCGUGGGCCACAUCGGUGGCCGGAUGUUGGACCAGCACCCUCGCGUCCGUGACAAUUUAGUGGACGAUGACAGAUUGGUCCGUGACGGACUACCCCUCGCGCCGUCGUUCGUGAUACCGCCACGGGGCGGCGCUGCGUUCCCGCGUGCGCCAACAUCUCAAACUUUCCUCGGCCCCAGGGGGACCGGCCAGCGCUGCUGCGCUGGGACGAGAUGA